UCUUUUGAUUUUGGGAUUUUAUAUACAUAUAAACAAAAAUAUCAUGCGCGCGCGCGCGUGUGUGUAUUAUGUAUAGCAAAUGCCGUAAGGCGUAGUGUUUCUGUCGACCUACAAUGCACUGUUUCUGUUUUUCUCAGCUGAGUCUUUUUAGAACUGAGGCCUUAGGAGACCCCAUAAUAGACAAUCCUACCUUACCGAAACUAUUAUAAUCUUACAUUGCUUAAUUGGGACUGUUUUCGUCACAAGCAUUGAAAUAUUAGUAAUAAUCUAUGACAGACUCUUGAGUUAACAUAUUUAAGUUUACCUAAUUUUUAUUCAGUUAUUAUUUAUAAUGUGUAGCCAUUUGCCUAAUAUACUGAGAAAACGUUAAUUUUUAUAGUGUCAUGGCUGAUCUAAAUGAGUAGUCUUUGAUUAGGUAUAAGAUUCUUAGUGUCAUGGCUACUUUUGGGUUCUAUAACACUGUAUAUAUGUUUACUAAUGAGUUUAAAGGGUCCAAAUAUAUUCUUAGCCAUGUCUAUACUUGGACCAGUUAUUUAUGGCCAAACCUUUUUAACUAAUAUGUUUUAAUCGUGUAACAUGACCAUAGUGUAAUGCCCCGUUGGUAAAUCGUUACCGACAGACAAAAUAUAUGUUAACUAUGAUUUCAGAAUCAAUAUAGUAUAUAUUUAUUGGUCACCUAAUUUUUCCAUUUUAAAAGAAAUCCAUUUUCUAAAUAAUAAUAGUUAAUUUGACUCGUCACCAACUAAGUAAUUUAAGGUUUGAGCCCAGAAACUGGAAUCGAAUAUUAUUGCAAUAGAAAUAGAACAAAGUUAUGGAGCUGGAAUUGUGCAGCUAGCCUCGUGCACUGCUGAUACAAAUUGCUGACUCCAGGGCUAGCUAGCCUCUCACACAGGCCUAGUCCUUUUUGAUUGGCCACGGCCGCUGAGGCGAUGACCGCGGCUUGACCUGCUGAGCCGGUGAUCGUCAGUCGCAUUCAAAAUUAUAUGUAGUUAACAUCUCGGUCCGCGUCCUCUCUACCUCCGUAAUUAAUGUAGCAUUGGUUAAAAUCAUCUUCUAAAUUUAGUUUGUUUCUAAAGUAUUACUUGUAUUAUUUUAUAGCAUGAAUUUGAUGACCGAUUGUAUUAGUGAGUAAAAAUUCGAAAUUAAACUUAUUUAAUCAAAUCCAAUCGCCACGUGAGUAGUUAUUUUACCUGAGUCAAAGCAUCGGAAGUUCUGAUUAAUUCUUUAAGCGGGUUCAGUGGAGUUACAUUGGUGUCAGGUGUGGGGUUCCUGUGCAAGAAUCGGGACAAAUCGUCAGAAAUCGUGAAAUCUGCGCUGAACUUGAGAUGUCUUUGGAUAAAGGAAUCAUUUUGUUUGUAUUGGGGGCAGUGUGCCGUUUGGUGAGCUGCUUCCACCAAGGUAUAAUCUUCGAAGGAGGGCAGGAGGUCCUCUUGACGGAUAGCCACUGGAAGAUAUCAUUGAGGUACAACCUAACAGAACUUCAAGUACAAGGCCAAAAUCUGAGUGGUCUGGUGGUAGAGGUAAAAGAGUAUCUGGACCAAUUCUACGACCAACUUUUGAGGGAUAACGUAAGUAUGCAUUCCCCACUACCUCAACUCGAGGCAGGUUUCAGAUACGAAUUCACCGGUAUCCAACAGAAUAUAAAAGAGUAUUUACGGGAAGUGAGUGAGUUAGUAAAUUUACUUCCUAGACGACGUGCCAAACGUGGUCUAGUGGACGCGGGCGGUCACGUUUUAAGAUAUCUUUUUGGUACUUAGAUAGUAGCGAUUUGGAAGAAAUUAACAGCGAUGUAAAACAUCUGUAUGCAGCUUCUGACAGUAUAAUCCAUAAUAGUCAGGAACAAAUAACUAUUCUGGCCAACGUUCAGUCAGAAUUAGUGAGUCAUUCUAAAACAAUAAAUUCCAUAUUAUCAACCGUAAAAGCUUACCACGCGGUAAUGCAUCAAACAGUUAGUAGGCUUUUCAAAAAUGACCAAAUAAUGCAACAACAGUUAAAAAAUUUGUUCUGUUAUUUGAAAUUAAAUUCGGCAGUUACAGAAACCAAGAAUACAGUCCUAGAGGCAAUUCGUCAAAUAAAUCAGUUCUAUAAUGGAAUCGAAAAAUUGGAAGGGAGAAAGUUAAGCAGUGACUUACUUUCGCCGCUGGAGUUUCUAAAGAUUCUGCAGGAAGUAGAAAAGGUUGUACCCACCCCGGCUAAAUUGCAUUUGCCAGUAAAGCUGGAAAAUAUGCAUGAGUAUUAUUCGGUUGUCAUUGCCCGUAGCUAUGUAAUGGAGCAACCCCUCAGGGUUCUGCUGCAGUUGCCGCUAAAAAGCGACGAUAAAUUGUUUCAGGUAUACAAUGUUUACACUUAUCCGAUAUACGACCACACACUCAAAAAAUGGUCCCAGUGGGAUAUGACAAGACAAAAUUUUCUGGUUAGUAAAGAUAGAUUGCAAUAUACUUUGUAUGAUGAGACAAAAUUCAGUAAAGAAUGCCUAAACGGGCGACUCAUUGUGUGUCCGUUGGAGCAUGUUCUGAUGAGUGUGGCCAAACGACCGAGCUGUGUGUCCGAGCUGUUUAUCGGAAAAAUGCCCUCUUGCUGUGCACGAAAGUUAAUAACUGGAUUAAGAUCCCCUGUACUAUUGAAGACACCCAACCACUGGGUGUACAGCACCUCCGAACCACACCGAGUAACCCUAAAUUGUUAUGAGAGCAACGGUAGAAUAAACGUGACUUCCCUGCUGAUGAGUGGCGUUGGAAUAAUUACGGAAUCGUACAAAUGUGAUGUUAUCACGGAUGAGUUCAAAGUGCCUGCCCGUAUAUACGGCAGCAGUACUCAUGUGGGACAGUUAGGGAGAAUGGUGAUCCCAGAACUGAAAUCGAUGUUCUCUGACGAUGAGACGAAUCUUAUCACUGUUGAUGUGAACGCCACUCUAGAGGUCCUGAAGGGCCUGGACGAUGAGCUGGGUUCCGUGGGUGUUAGGGAAUAUCCCCUAGAAUGGGCUCUUUUUCAUUUGCGGUCCCACCAUGACUAUAGGCGCAGGGUGCAGAAAAUGUCAGUUGUAGCAGUGAUAGGAACCUGUAUUGUUUUGAGCCUGAUCCUGCUGUGUGUGUUUUAUAGACACUGGACGAGACUUGCCACCUGGUGCCAGAGCUCCAGACUCCGUAUAUGAGAGAGGAAAGCAGCGACUCUGACCAGUGUGCUGGCGAUGAGCGAGGCGGCGAUGCCUGAUGUUGAGAUGGGUGGUGGAGCCCAGACAACUGACGAAAUGGGGACUGCAGCCCCAGAAGUAACUACCGCUGGUGAACCAUAGACUUGGAUACCAGGAGUGUCGUGAGUAAGCUAACCUAACGAGAGACAGAGUGGACAAAACGAAUUUUUAAUUAACAUAUACGGGAUUAAACUAAAUAGAAGCAAAGGAUAUUGUGCCAAGACCGAACCGCGCACCAGGAGAAGAGCGGCGGGGGACGCCCUGCAUAUGUCAUUGAGAUGACAAGAUUCUCACAAGAGUUGGAAAACUGUGAAGUUUGAGUAGUAGUAUGUGUAAAGACGUACUGAAUGAACUCGGGAACUGUGGAUGAGUUUAGUUCAGUUAUAUUGGUUGUAACGUGGUUGUAAUAUUAAUCAUUAAUAAUAUUAGUAGUAAUUUUGAAUUAUAAUAGCGCUAUUCCAUGUGCAAAAUACAAGUAAAGGCUGGUAAUGGAGGAUUUUCUAUUUGGUUCCACAUUAAUUUGAAAAGUUAGAUUUUUGGACAGUAACAAAAGGGGGGCAAAUAAUGAUAAAGAUAAUAUUUGACGAACGAGGUCGCAUCUGAUAUCCCCAGGAAGGUAUGGCCAACCCCCAACCCUAAUACCCUAUCCUUUCGACUCCACAAGACUGGACUGAGGGUGUCUAGAAGCGAACCCGAUAAAAAAAGGGUAAGAAACUAAUUUCGCGGAUGAUCACGAGAAAGUGAGUGUUAAAUGCCUUGCUGGAGGGACAUUCCGGACCCCAUCAGCAAGACAGCUGAAUUAAAAUUACCAGACCUGUCUUGACCUUGUUAUAAGUGUUUUAUUAUAGUAAAUUAAGUCCAGUUGAGUUAAGCAUGUUAAUAUUGAGAGAUCCAAAAGAAUACCGAGUUUGUUUCUGAAUGAGUUCUUAGAAAGUAAAUUUUGUAAAUUUAUCGUGUAAAGAUCGUGUACUUUGUCAAGUUUGUAAAAUGUAAGAGCAUUGUUAUAAGCAUGAUAUUUAAUUUAAACUAGAUAUGCAUAGAUUAGGCUGUAGAGGCUUGACACAGUGUACUGUAGGUUCCACCGCGCGGGGUUGUUGCUGACGUAGUAUCCAGCUGAUAGCGGUGACCUACAAUCUGAACUGGGGACUUGACACGCGCGAGGAGUGACUGACCUACGGCGACUCCAAGUGAACGCUUGUGUGCGGCUUAACCAAACCAAGCUAGUAGCGUUCUAAUUAUACCGGUACUGAACAAUUUAUUCCUUUUAUGAGACACUAACUAAUUAUUAGAAUUUAGAAUUUCAGUGCCAAAUUAUAAAUUUUAAUCAAACUUUAAUUAACCAUCAAGGGACUUAGAUCCUGCCCUCAAGUCAUCCCAUACACAUAAAUUGAAGGUUCUUGAAACCGCCUGUUACAUAUUGUUACAGGUAAACUCCCUUUAAACUGUACUCUCGCUACGUACGAGAAUGAAUGCUUAUAGGUCCAUAUAAGAUUUAGAAUAUAAGUUUAGGUUAUAAAUAUAAUGGUGGUUUCAGAAGUCUUCAAGCGUGUCAAAAACCCUGAUAGAAUUAGAAGGUAUUUAUUUAAGUAUCCUUUUAGAAGCUUGAUAUGUAGGGUAUAUUAUGUAUUUCGUUUUUGGUGGAUAUCUAUAUUGGUUAAGAGAAAUAAGUCAUCAAUGAGAUUGUCAUAGUAUAAUAAUAAGAGAGGACCCGGAUUGCGUUUUCUUAUUUUAUAUUAAAUAUUAUUUUAUGUAAUCUCAAAUUUUAAUAUGUUGGCUGAAGAGAUAGUCGAUUCGCGCUAAUGAAGGUGUAACAAUAAAGUACAACAUAGUUUUCCAAAUUGCCCCUGAGAAAUCUGAUUCCAGAUGUUCUGCGGCUCGUUAGUUAAGUUAAGUUAGAUGUAAGAUGUUGGUAUACACAACUGGUGUCAGGGAGAGGGACUGAAAGUAAAUCCCUCUAAGACAGUAGUUGUACCAUUCACUAGAAAAAAGAACCUAGAGUCUCUUUCUAGGCUGAAACUCGCAUCCACUCAGCUGGA